AUGGAAGACAGCGCCUUUUACGCCCGGGCAGUGGCCUGUUACAUACGAUCCCACCAGGGCGACUUGCUCCGAUGCCUAGGACAUGAUUCUGCCAGCGUGAAAGAAGUGUGGCUGACCAUCCGACCAUUGCUUGUCUCACGAAAGCCAACGGACUCAUGUGAUCUGCCCGAGUUGGACGGGGUCUUUGCCCGGUUACUCCUCACACACCUGGAGCGAUACGCCAGCCAACUUGCGAUGCCAGCAUGCUGCCAUCCCGAACCGCUUGCAAGUCGUUUGGCGGAUGUCUGCGAGAAUGAGCUUCUUUUUCAGCCUCCCGGUUCACAGUGGCAGUCGAAGGGGAGAGUCCAGAUGCUGGAGAAAAUAUCGUUCUUCACGGCCCGCCAACUGCCCGUCUUGAUGUGCCUCCCAGCCUUUCCCUGCAAAUCCUCGAACCCUGAUAAAGUUGGCUGUCAUGCCCCGGAUCGCGGGGAAGAGUUGGCCUUGCGCCGCCUGCAUCAUGUCCUGCAUCAGAUGCAAGAAAUCUACCCGCCCGGGGCAUCCAUCUGCAUUAUCAGCGAUGGACACGUCUUCAGUGAUUGCAUUGGAGUCGACGACCAGCAGGUGGACGAAUACGGGGCCCGACUGCAGGAACUCAACCGCGUCAUUGGCGGCUCUGAUUCCAACCGCAUCACCUUUCUGGCCUUGCCUGACCUGCUCAGCGACUGCCCACGUUUCGACCUGCAGCCACUGCCGCAUUACCUUGGCACGAAAAUUUCCACCGAGUCCGAGCUCUGCCGCCAAAUGUUAAUGCAGGCCUGUCAGACCAGCGCUGAUACACUGCGCAGUCAGAUCGCGGCUCAGGAUCCCUCAAUCCUAGCCCUAUACCGCGGCGUUUCCCGCUUCAUGUUCGAGGAUCUUCAGCAACAGUCAAAUACCCAGGGUCUUUCACGAAAUCAACGCAAAAAGCUGGCUGAAAAGGUGUCCUUCGAAAUGAUGCUACGCAACCAGGCCUACUCCAACCUUGUCGAGCUCUUCUUUCCCCACUUCAUCCGACUUUCAAUCCAUUCCCAUGUCAACUCCGGUCCUAAAUUCGGCAUCUGUCUCUUCGAUCGUGCCUCGACCCGGGUGGUUGGCAGCGUGGAUGAUCUGGCGAGUGUGGAUUUCUCUCAGGCGUCGCCGGACCUUUUACAUAUCCCCACUCCAUGGCAUAACUGCAUUUUUCAGCUCGCAGGACACCCGGGUAUAUUAGUGACCAAGGCCAGGGUUGUACGAGACGCUAUUCGAUUCGGCCAGAUUCUCGGCGAAUGGAUACCAGAGGAUUUGGCAGCCGGCCGAGGGGGCUAUUUUGCUCUACGCUGGCCAGAUAUGCCCAAGCAGGCGACGUUAUGUUGUGAACUCCCAGAUAUAAUCAGAAUGAGUGUUUAUAAUCACGCGGCGCAGUCAUAA